AUGCCGCCCAAAAGAUCUGCCGUGUCAAAGAUGGGAUCUUCUGUCCAGAGAUCCUCCAGAAGCAUUCAGGAUGGGACUUCCCAAGCGUCAAUAAAGCGACUCGGCCUUGUGGAACGUUUCGAUAGCUCAGAAACAUUGACAGCAACACCGCGACGUGCUAAGAAAAUCCCUAAGCUCAGCAAUGCGAAGGAUGUUACAGCAAACUCUGUUGCUAAGCAGCCGAAACAUAACUCGAAAGGAAACUCCAAAUCAUCUAAUUUAAAAGAUAAGAAAGCAACCUCAAAUAGAUUUACUGAAAGUAUCGAUCAAUAUCGAAGCGAACCCAGGGAAAUUACUGAAACUAAGGAUGAGGAUCAAAACCAAGGCCAGAGCGAAGAUGUAUUGAGUUCCAAAAAGGGUAAAUUGAAAGGCACUCAUACCGAAUCCUCAAAUGAGUACGUUUUAAAGCACAUGCUUAGAGCGCAUUCCAGAAGCACCCACGAUGGGCACGAAGAUGAUAGCGUUGAUAUUUGGGCAGUGGCAUUUGAACCAACGUUAUCAAGUAUUCGAACUCACGUGCAGGAUCUGAACCAAGUUGAACGUAGUGCUGGGAAAGGGCAAAAGGAGUGUAAUAAAGGAGCCGAGGAUGAGUAUAAGCAUGACGAUGGAGGCAUCCAGAGAAGGAGGAAACUGGAGCAGAAACAACAUAUCUCAAAGGACGGAGCCAGUUACCUGAAAAAGAGCAGUAGCUUGGUUGCAACUUGCGGCGGUAACACUGUUUGCUUAAUUGAUUGUAGCCUUGGAAGGAUCAUAGCCAAGUAUAGCCAUUUGGAGGAAGAAGAAUUUAUGUGUUUAGCAUGGACGACUUUAGCAUCCUCAUUUGAUGAGGGCGGAGGUGAAGGUGGUUUAGACUGGAGCACUUUUACGCAAGAGUAUAGGUCAGGAUUGUCGGAUCGCCAUGAUGUAACCAAUAUUCUGGCAGUGGCAGGCCGCAUGGGUAGUAUCAAACUGAUUAAUCCAUUACAGGGGAUUUGCUACAAGUACUUACAUGGACACACAGCAUCAAUUCUUCGACUAAAAUUUUCGCUCACCAACCCGCGUUGGCUUUUCAGUGCUUCCGUGGAUGGAACUGCACGACUUUGGGACAUUGGGUCGCCUCAUAACUUUGAGAAGGAAGCCCGCUGUCUUGCAAAGUUUGAUGGAAUGGACGGCUCAUCAGUGACAGCGAUUGGGGUCUCAGAAAAGUAUCUGAUUUUUGGAACUGAGAAGGGACUUAUGGCCCAGUACAAUCUUUUCAAACUUGCAAAAGAAGUCAACAAGAAUUUGGAGUCAGGGAAAAAAUCGCUGUAUAAUGCCACGCCUCAAAAGAUAUACCCACCAUCGCAGGAGUGGCAUGAGUCGUCCGUGGAUGAAAUCAUCUACAUCCCACAUUUCUCCUCAGAGUCAUAUGCCCUCAAAGCAGACUUAGGCGCUAUAGAAAUCAAUAAUAAGAGCGCAAUGGCAAAUAAGAAAUCGCACAAUGGAAGUAGCAGUUCACAUGGACAAGGUCGUGCCCGAGGACGUAUCCGUAAUCAAGGCCGCACAAAACCUAGCGGUAACGAAGGAAUUGAAGGCAAAAACGAUGAGAAAGAUAAGACUCAGGAUGAAUCUGAACAAGAUGAAAAUGAUGGAGAAUUCGUGUUUGCAUCGAGGGAGAAUUCGCAAGGCGAGAUCCUUAUUUGGGAGGCUACAAAGAGUACAGCAACAGAUGCAGAGCUCAAGACAAUUCUUGAGUGGUCUAUCACCGAGAGCUGGACAAAGUUCACAUUGGCAGAGAAUAUGAUUGCGGUGCCAUCAACAGUAGCAACAACAUCAUCCAAAAAAAAGAGAGCGAAAAGCAACAACCUCACAGAGAUGAGGCAAAACAUUCUUGUGGCAGGCUCCACAGAUGGGAAAGUUCUAGUGUACGAUUUGGCCCGUAAGCCUAAACGCGCUCGUGAUGGCAAUAUUAUUGCAGAGAAGCCAUCCGGUACACUCUCCCAUCCUGAUUCCAACGAAUUGUUUCGAGAUACAGCAGUGUCACAAGAUCUGAGCACAAUUGUUACAGUCGAUUGGUCCAAUCGCGUCCUUGUAUGGAAAUAUCAAGAAACAACCGCAUCAUAAUAAUUACAAUGACAACAAACAUAAUAGCAAUAAUAUUUAC